CCUGCUCUGGUAACACUGCGACUCAACAUCGGCGACAUGGAGACCGAGUAUAAGGGAACCAUCACCCCCAAGAAGGAUUUCGACGUGGAAUUCGCCGCCAAAAGGUUCCAGAAAGCCUUCAAAGGAAUCGGAUCGGACGAGAAGAUGAUCAUCAAGAUGCUCGUGCAGCACGACUCCCUCCAGCGCCAGGAGAUCGAGGAGAAGUAUAAGGAGAUGUACGGCAAGGACCUGAUCGACGACCUGAAGGACGAGCUCGGGGGCCACUUCGAGGACGCCGCCAUCGCGCUGAUGACCGCCCCGAGUGACCUCUUGUGCAGCGCCCUGAACGACGCUCUCAAGGGAAUGGGGACGGACGAAAAGACGAUCAUAGACAUUUUGUGUUGCCGGGACCCUGAGGAGAUUGAUAGCCUGAGGCACCGCUACGAAUACCUCUACGACGAGGACCUCGAUGAAGUGGCCAAGUCCGAGCUCUCCGGCGACUUCCAGCGCUUGAUUCGGGGCCUCAUUGCCGGCGGCCGCGACGCGGAGGACAACAUUGACUCCGCCAACGCUCGGAAAGACGCUCAGGACCUGUACGACGCGGGCAUCGGAAGCAACGCCGACACGGACGAGGCCGAGUUCAUCCGGAUCCUCAACACGCGGAGCUACGGCCAGCUCAAGGAGAUCUUCGACGCCUACGACAGCAUCGCCGACGAGACCAUCGAGGAGUCCAUCGAGAAGGAAUUCAGCGGAGACAUCAAGGCCGGUCUGCUGGCCAUAGUGCAACGCGUGAGAGAUCCCCUGGGUUUCUACGCAGAACGCCUGAACAACGCUAUGGCAGGAGCAGGCACAGAUGACAAGGCUCUCAUCCGCAUCCUCGUCUCGCGCAGUCAGAUUGACCUGGCUGACAUCAGGUCCCGCUACAAGGAGCUGUAUUCGACGGAUCUCGUGGAGGACAUCGAGGCAGACUGCAGCGGGGACUACUGCAAACUCCUCGUCGCUCUCGUUGGAGGAGAGUCACAGUGAAGACCUUAGCAAAUCCUUUUCCAGCUUACCUUCAGCAAUUGAAAAGAGAGAAAAAAAAUAUAAAGUGUAAUGACUUAGACUACUGACUAAUGCACAAUAGAGAUUGGCGAGAUGGUGUAGUGAAUAAUAAAAAAAAACAUUGUUGAUCUUUACUUGGAAAGAUGAGAAUUGUAUAUCUUUUCUGAUGAAAAAAAUGUCAUUUGACUCUGAUUCUGCACAUAUUUAUGCGGAGGUUUGGCCUGUUAUCCACAUGGAAUAAAUGCUGAUCAUGUUUUGAAGGGCCGAUUCAGAAACAGGCUAUUUUAUUCAUAUAGGAUUUUAUCCAUAUGCAUCUGAGAUAUAUUUGAUUACUUAACAUUCUUUGUGAAGUUAUUGGUAAGGAAUCAACUGAAGAACCAUUAUUCAGAAUCUCGACAAAGAUAUUCAGAUAGGUUGGCCCAUGUGAUAUACUUAGAGUUACUUAGCCUUAAGGAGGAUGCCUAUUAUGCACUCUCGUUUCCCAAGUGCCUUCUUUGCUCUGUCAGGCCAUACCAGACCAGUAAAAGCAUUUCUUUAAAAUACCAAUACUAAAAUUGGUGACUGCCGCUACCCCCCACCCCUGCCCAAAAAAAAGUCUACGCUAUUUUUUUCCAGAGUGCUGCAUUACAUUCUUAACUGACUCUGGACUGAACAUUUCAUUCUUAACUAACACUAAAUUAGAAAUCUGAUUAUCAUCUGACCUUGAAUUGAAAAUUCUUAUCUGACCUUGAAUUGAAGAUUUGAUUCUUGUCUGAUAUUUAAUGAAGAUUUGACCAAUGGUUUCUCCCUAACACGGCUGGUUAGACUGUAACGGCUCAGCAACUUGUAAGCGACUCAUGAUUCAAGACCACCCUGGUUGCUGCUGUGAGCCUGCCCUGUUCGAGUGUGAAUAAAUCGUACGCACCUGC